AUGGCAAGAGGGAAAUGGAUAUUUGGUGCACAACAGUCUGCAAACCAAGGGGACCCCAAGCCCGGCAUCGUCGCCGCAGGGCCCUCUGCAGAUGCCCGCAAAUUCGGACUCGAGAAUUUUGGCAACACUUGCUAUGCCAACUCGGUUAUACAGGCGCUCUACUUCUGCACACCCUUCCGGGAUCUCAUGAUCCAGGCGCACGACCCCUCAGCACCGCACACCCCCCGGCUGCUCCCAAAUGCAUCCCCGCCGCCGCCUCUCGCCUUCAUCCGUCGCAAGCCAGAGCGCAAAGGAUCGGUAUCAGGUCCCGCACCCGCCGACGGCACGCCCCCGCAAUCGCAUGGCGCCCUCCAGUCGGCGUCGUCGUCGUCCCCAGUAGUCUACACCAUCCCCUCCAACCCUCCGACGCUCUUCUCCGCCCUACGCUCCCUCUUCCUCCACAUCUCGACGAACCCGGCGGAGAAGGGCACGGUCGCCCCGCGCGCCUUCAUCGACAAACUCAAGGAGAUGAACGAGCUCUUCCGGUCGACCAUGCACCAAGAUGCGCACGAAUUCUUGAACUAUCUCCUCAACAAGAUAGUCGAGGAGGUUGAGCAGCAGGCGCGCGCGCAGCCGGGCGCGGACGAUUCGACACUAGCGCCCACCGUCCUUACCAAUACCGCCAGCACAAAUUCGGGAACACCACCUGAAGAUGCCACGCUAGUUCACCGACUCUUCGAGGGCGUCCUCACGAGCGAGACCCGGUGCCUAACAUGCGAGACGGUAUCAUCACGUGACGAGUGUUUCCUCGACUUGUCCAUAGACAUCGAGCAAAACUCCAGCGUAACUGCGUGUCUUCGGCAGUUCAGUGCUAGCGAGAUGCUCUGCCAAAAGAACAAGUUCUUCUGUGACUCGUGCUGCGAACUGCAAGAAGCGGAGAAACGGAUGAAGAUCAAGAAGCUACCAAAUGUUUUGGCACUCCACCUCAAGCGGUUCAAGUACCAAGAAGACCAACAAAAGUAUGUCAAGCUUGCUUACAGGGUCGCCUUUCCCUUCGAACUGCGAUUAUUCAACACCGUGGACGACAUGGACGAGCCCGACCGCUUGUUUAAUUUAUUCGCUAUCGUCGUUCACAUUGGCGCUGGUCCGCACCACGGUCAUUACAUCUCAAUAAUCAAGACCCUCGGCACCUGGUUGGUUUUCGACGAUGACAACGUCUAUCCAAUCUCGGAGUCCGAAAUACCCAAAUACUACGGCGACUCAAGCGCUGGGUCCGCUUACGUCUUGUAUUAUCAA